AUGCAGUCAUGGUCAUCAGUAGAUCCUUUAAUCUCAGUCAAUGAUUUAAACUAUAUUUCAGACCUCCCGGACGCCAAUGUUCACCUUAGUGAUUCUGCCUUGGCAGGACUUGCCAGUGUUGAGAACUUCUCAUCCACUAAGGAACGCCUUCGAAUUGUUGCUCAAGAAAAGCAAGCUCCUCUUGCCUCCUUUCAACGAAGUCUUCUUCCACAUAAAGAUGUAAUGCUCCUGCUUAUUAAAGGUCGUCGACAAGUGCAAACUCGACUGGUGGCACCUGUAGCAGCCUCUAUCAAUUCUGGAGAUUGUUUUCUCCUAAUCAUACCAGAAACAAACUCCCUUUACGCCUGGAUUGGCGUGGGCGCCAAUGUGAUUGAGAACAAUAAAGUUCGCGAUAUUGCAGGGUGGAUUGUAAAAACGCAUGAUAUGGGUUUCCCCACUGGUAAUAAAGAACCCUCUCUUGUUAUUAUUGAAGAGGAUAAAGCGAACAAUGUGUGCAGUGAUCAUCUAACUGCUUUCUACAAGGCUCUAGGCACUUCUACCGAAGACUUCAAGGCUUCUCCUGCCGGACCACAAGAUGAAGAUCUCAUUUUUGAAGCCGUAGUUCAACACACCAACUGUAUCUUUGAAGUCUAUGAGGACCACUUAGAACCCCUCUCUGAUUACUGGGGAACACCUCUACGUCAUUCAAUGCUCUCUUCCUCAAAGGCCUUUGUGUUUGAUUUUGGUUCAGAGGUCUAUUUAUGGACUGGGAAUCAAAUAUCUUCAAAAAUCAGGGCCGCCGGUAUUGAACUGGUUCAGCAACUCUAUGCUGAGCCUUAUAAUUACUCAGUGUGCAAUAUAAACCCUCUCAAUCCUUUCAACGGUACGUUUUUUCAUCAUGCCUUCACGAACUGA